AUGUUUUAUCCAACCGCUCGAAGGUACUUUCAGUUCCCAAGCUCAGAGCAUAAUGCUGUUGACAGUGACCCCAUUAUGAUUCGACAAACAUCCUUUGGCUGUGGAAAACUGGGCCACCAAGUGUGGCCAUCGGCCAUUGCUCUUUCCCUUUAUUUGUGCAGCCAAGACUUUACAAAAGAUAAAAGUGUUAUGGAGCUAGGAGCCGGAUGUGGACUACCGUCGGCUGUUUGUCGAGAUAUCUUGGGUGUAGAUUCCGUCUUGGCGACCGACUUUUGGAUGUUGCCGACAAGUGAAUGGGAAAAGGGUCGUCUGAUACCUGAAAAUUGGCAUGGAAUCAAUUUGGAAUUCAAUAUCUGCAAAGACGCUUCCAAAACUGCCAACAUUCAACAGCUGGAUUGGCACAAGCCAGAUUCUAUUCGAGAUGCCUUGCGAAUAGGCAAACCUAAGAUUGUGAUUGGAUCUGAUUUGGUCUAUUACCCAACAGACUUGGAACCCUUAUGGAACACCAUUGAGAUUUGCUUGAAAGAAGGAAAUCUAGAUCAGGUUCUCUUAGUAUCUCCCUUGGAACCGAUUACGAGAGAGGCGCUACCAGAAUUUCGACAGCUAUUGGAAGGAAAAGGAAAAGAUGGAUAUACUGUGGAAAUCGAAGAACUCACAGUACAUCGAGAUGAGAUUGGAAAUUCAGUGGAUCAUUUCUUGAGAAUGAGUAUUGCGCUAGCUCAAUAG